CCCCCCUUUUACGACAGCAUGCCUUUAUGUUUCCCUGUCUCCGCUCAUGAUAAAUACAUGCGUCGACUCUCGCGCUCCGACGUGCAGGCGGACAGGUCGUUUAUUGGCCCGCUCGUCAGGCGAUAACCAAUCGACACGGUUUUUCAUUUUCAUUUUUCAAUGACAUCAUCACAGAGUGGUGACGCCCCCAUAAAUAUACCUACAGUAGGAGCCUCUGCCCACGCUGCACCAGGGCUCACAGAGUACAUGGAGGACUUGGAGUCUUGAUCGUCGGACUGAACAUCACGACUUUGUCCGAAAGAGGGAGUCGAGCUUCUUAUAUGGGGACGCCUGAACCUCGUAUCCAGUACACGACCACGUCUACCUUAUCGGGUGGAGAUACUGGGCUCACACAGCAACUAUUUUCCUCUCCUAGUUCCUGAGCAGACCUAUGUCUGUAAGCUGCCUGAACAGACGACCAGUUUCGGACGUCCCGUCAGUCAUUGUUCCUCUUCAAUCACUGAAAACGAUCCGUAUACCAGAGUGUGUUUUCAUGAUUUCCAGGAAGCGUUUCGUUGGGCUCUUGGAUUAACUCGCUGACAUAUAUUUUUUAAAUAGGCCUACUUUUUGUUUCGCUGAGGUCUUUUUUUUUUCUGUCAGUAACAAUGUUGUGGAAACUGGCAGACAACGUGAAAUAUGAGGAUGACUGCGAGGAAAGACACGAUGGCAGCAGCAACGGCAACCCGAGGCUGCCCCACCUGCCAGCCGUCAGUCAGCACCUGUACAGCCCGUCCCCCUCACUCUCACACUCGGCUGGCUCAGACUUUCAGCCCCCGUAUUUCCCACCGCCCUACCAGCCCAUCUCAUACCCACAAUCCAGCGACCCUUAUUCUCACAUCGACCCGUUCAACAUCAACUCCAUACACCAGUCCCAGUCGUCGAACCAGCAGCAGUCGUGGCCCGGUCGUCAGAGUCAGGAGGGCCUAGGAGCGCAUCCCCGGAGCGGUCUGGCCAGUCAGAUACUGGGCCUGGAAGGCGGUUCCUCGGGGAUCAGGAGAGAAGGUUUCCGACGGCCGGAGUUGCUGCCUGCACACGUACACAACCUGGAUUCUUCGUUGAUUGGCGAUAACAUGGGGAUGCACGAAAUGGGCCAUGGGCUAGAUGAUGUCCAGCAUGUAGAUGACCACAGUAUUAUAAUGGCAGACCAGACAGUAAUUAAAAAAGUAUUAGGCUUGCGAGGGGGCAGGAACCUUGAUCGCUUACAGAGGACAUAUUAUCAGGGGGGCAUUCUCGCGGGGCCCGUUGCUCUGCCCAAAGGCAACGCGCUGGGCCUGCCCUUCCAGAAGGACUCCCUGCUGGGCAUGGUGUCCAACCCCACCGAGGUGUUCUGCUCCGUGCCCGGCCGCCUCUCCCUGCUCAGCUCCACCUCCAAGUACAAGGUGACCGUGGCCGAGGUGCAGCGCCGCCUCUCGCCCCCAGAGUGCCUCAACGCCUCGCUGCUCGGGGGAGUCCUGCGCAGGGCCAAGUCAAAGAACGGAGGGCGUUCUCUGAGGGAGAAGCUGGACAAGAUUGGCCUCAACCUGCCAGCCGGCCGGAGGAAAGCAGCCAACGUGACCCUGCUCACCGCACUAGUCGAAGGUGAAGCUGUUCAUCUCGCAAGAGACUUUGGAUACGUGUGUGAGACGGAGUUCCCGGCAAAAGCCAUAGCUGAUUAUCUGGGCAGACCUCAUGUGGAGCGUAACGAAGUCAACUCUCGCAAAAACAUGCUCCUCGCAGCCAAGCAGAUCUGCAAGGAGUUCACCGACCUGCUGACCCAAGACCGCUCACCCCUCGGCAACUCUCGGCCGGCCCCUAUCCUGGAGCCGGGCAUCCAGGGCUGCCUGACCCACUUCAGCCUCAUCACCCAUGGCUUCGGCUCGCCCGCCAUCUGCGCCGCCAUGACCUCGCUGCAGAACUACCUGAACGAGGCCCUGAAGCAGGUGGACAAGAUGUACCUGAGCUCCGGCAGCGACACCCAGGGAUCCUCCGACAGCGGCGGCAAAUCCACCGACAAAAUGGAGAAGCACAGGAAAUGAGAGAACCUCCAGGCAAAGAGAAUCCUCCCUCUCUUUCCCUCUCUCUCUUUCUCUCUGUCUCUCGCUGUCUUGCCCCCAGAAAAAAAGAAAUAAGAGGAGAUUAAAUCGACUCUUACCUAAUACUUUCUUGGUCCCUGCCCUGUCUGGACGAUUGAAAACAAAAAAAUAACAUGUUCCCCAUAUAGUAUUGUUUUUGGGUUGGUCCUUUUUUGUGGUUUUAUGAAAACAGCUUUUUUUGAGUAUUGGAGUGUCAUCCUUUUGAGUUCACGCUGUGUUCAAACCGAGUCAUUUUAGUGAGGCGACUGGUGCUGAACGGUUCGCGGACUUCCUGCUUCCUGUUUAGAGUUUAAACCAACCCAAACCACCAUAAAAAGAAAAACUAAAAAGAUACACAGACUUUACACAUCCAAGGAAAGAGGAAAACAGUGGCUGUGCGGCCGGGACACUGACGCCACAGACAUAAGAACGGGGUUAUGCUGACCAAAGGAGGGAGAAAAAAGAGAGAGAGAGAGAGAGAGAGAGAGAGAGAGAGAGAGAGAGAGAGAGAGAGAGAGAGAGAGAGAGAGAAUGCAGACUUUGUCGUUGUCUUUCUUCUCCCUAGAGGAAACCAUUUCUUUUGAGGAGUCACCAUGUCGGCCAUGUCUGUGAAUUCCUCUAUGCAUCCCCCCAGUCUCCGCCUUCUCCCCCCUGUCUCCCACCACUGCUCACCCUGUCUGGAGGCAAAUCCACUGAUUUCCUGUGUGUCUUCCGCAGUGGUCGGAUCCCACUGGAUUUUCAAAAAAGACUCCUUUUAUAUGGGAAAAAACCAGAGAUGAAAAUCUGAUUAGUUUUUGCUCUUUUUUUUUUUCCUUAAAAAAAUACAAAGACUCUGAAACGGGUCCAGUGUUAUUGUGAGUCGUCAUUGGGAGUCCGCUCGGAUAUCGCUUUUGUAGGCUUUAAUAAAAGUUAUGGAGUUAAUGACAUGUUCGUCUGCCUCUUACUGUCGGUCAUGGUAUGAUAUAAGGAGAGAAGAAUGUGAGCCCUUUCAGUGUUUAUUUGAUUUCUAAAGCAUAGCAAUAGUUUUAUUUUUACUUAAUCAUGAAACCUCUUUGUAAGACUGCAUAGACGUUGGGUGUGCUACCAUGUUAGGUAUCCCUUAGUACUGAACACUUCCAUGUUGUAUAUCCAACAACCACAAGCCAAUUCAAUCCUUCCAGCAUGUAUGUUGUGAGAAUGUUUGUGUAAAUGUAAAUAUUCCUUUCUUUUGGAGAAAAAAAGUGUUUUUUAAUUCAAUAUUGAAAAACAAACAUAGGAUUUUAUCCAUUGUCUUUCCUGAAUGUAAAUACUUUCUAAUUUAUGUUGUAAUUUAAUGGGUUGUGUAAAUACUGGUUUCAUUUGGGUGUCUGGCUUCACUUUUUAUGAUGUGUUCAACUUUUAUAAAUGGGUUAGUUUUUUAUCACGUCAAGAUUAGAAAGUGGGUAUUAUAUGCUUUUUUGAAAAUGUGUAAGAAAAAAAACAUUUUAAAUAUAACAGGAAAAAAAACGAAUAAAAGACCCAACCCUGA